GAGAUGAGAUUAUAUCUAGGGCUUCUACUGAUUCUGCUAACCUAUAAGGCGGACAGUCAGGGCACCAAAUAUGGACUAUGGACGCCAGAUCGUGCACACUCGGAUACCCAGCCUAUACAGUGGACUGGCGGGCAAUUUGAGUUCCCCUGUGCCAGCACCAAGUCAUUGUUCAAGAGUUCCGGCAAAUAUAUAGCCAAAAAUGUGAUUGCGACACGUGCUCAACUGAUUGGUGAUACCAUUUAUCUGGCGUUGCCACGUUAUCGCAAAGGUGUGCCGGCCACUCUCGUCAAGACCACCAUCCAGCCGGGCACCUGCUCGACCACCUUUAAGCCAUAUCCCUGCUGGGAUCUGCAGGAGGAGGGCAACUGUAAGGCUCUACAAUCCGUUGUGGAUCUCGUUGUGGAUCAGAAUGAGGUGCUUUGGGUGCUGGACACGGGCAUUGUCAACACGCUGGAGACACCGGUGCGAAAGUGUGCUCCGAAAGUGGUCGCCAUGUCGGUGAAGACCGGCAAGGUGCUGAAGACCGUCUCGCUGGAGGGUCUUACCUCCAGCAGUUCCCGGCUGCAGUAUCUGGUUGUGGACUAUGCUCCCGAUGGCGGUUGUUUCAUCUAUGUCAGCGAUGCCGCAAAUCGUGCGAUUAUUGUCUACAAUCUUCAAGCGGAUCGCGGCUUUCGUGUGGUACUGCCCAAAGCCGUCUCUGCCGGCUGUCGUUCCCGUGACGUGCUCUACAUUGCGCUGAUCCGCCGCGAUUGCGGCUCUACGGAGCUGUACUUUACGUAUCUGAGCACCAGCAAACUAUUCUCCCUGAAGUCGGAAUAUCUGCGUAGCGGUGUGGCAGAUGGACGCAUUCUGGAUUUGGGCAGAAAGCCGAGUCGCAUGGUCAUCAUUGGCACGGACAAUGGCUCGGCGAUAUUCUUCCGGAAUGAGGGCGAUGCCGAAGUGUAUCGCUGGGACACGAACUCCACAUUCGCGGAGAGCAACUUUAAGCCCGUGUAUCGCAGUCAGACCUGCCAGCUGGUCACCCAUGCGGUGCCCGAUUACAAACGGAAUACGAUGCGUGUGCUACAAAGUAAUUUCCCGGAUUAUAUGCAAAAUCGUAUCGGAUGCGGGGCAAUUCAGCAGCUCAACCAUAUGCAGGGCUGUUGGUAGUAGUAGGCACAACAAAACCACACAUAUGACACACUCUCACACACACACAAAAACACACACACACACACACAGUUGUUGUUGCUGUCACUGCGCUGGCUUUGCUGGAAAAGCUUCUGAAAUUGCAGUUGCGGCAAUAACUGAAAAUGUCCAAGAAUCGAUGUUGGAAAAAUACUGUAAAUGUAUUUCGCAUUUUGUACAUAAGCUAGCAACUUUAGUUAGUUACUAACUCGCUCUUAUUGUUGUUGUUAUUGUUCUUAAUUUAAGCAAUAAACAGUUCUCAUUUUUUUAAAA